AAAAGUUGCUUUGGACUAUUUCUUGUUGGAGACCAAAUAAGCCAUCAAUAACUGACCAAAUAUAUUUGGCCAAUUCAAAAAUAAUUAGAGAAAAAAAAAAAAACUACUGUCACCCUCCUGUCUUGGGGUUCCCAAUUACUGUCAAUCAAAAGCUGACACGUGGUAUCUGGUUAAUGAAUUUGGUGGCUCCAGAACUCACAAUUUACGUAUAAAAAUGUUCCCUUUUUAUGGUAUUCAUUCCUGGGAAAUCUCUUGCGUUGCUUAACUAAAACCAGGUCCAAGCAGCAAAGAUAUGGAGGCCCUUUUAGAUGUUUUUCUUGGGAGGAAGUUCAAGAUCUCCCGAUUCAAGACUCUAGCAAAACUAGCAAUCUCCAGGGUUGCCAUCUUCAGGAACCAAAGACAAGUCCGAUUCUCCCAUGCAAAGUCUGAUGUUGUUGAGCUCCUGAAACUUGGUCAUCAAGAACGAGCUCUUCUUCGGGUUGAGCAUGUGAUCAAGGAGCAAAAUAUGAUUGAUGCAUUUGCAAUGAUAGAGGAUUAUUGCUACCUUCUCAUAGAUAGGGUGAUUCUCCUCAAGAAGGAUAAGGAAUGUCCCGAUGAGCUCAAGGAGGCGAUUUCAAGCUUGAUCUUUGCCUCUUCCAGAUGUGGGGAAUUUCCCGAGCUGCAAGAAAUUCGUGCAAUAUUUGUAUCAAGAUUCGGGAGAGAAUUUGCUGCUUGUUCUGUUGAGUUGCGUAACAACUGUGGUGUGAAUCCUAAGAUUAUACAAAAGCUUUCGGCACGACGGCCAAGCUUGGAAAUUAGAUUGAAAGUCCUGAAGGACACUGCUUCUGAGAAUGGCAUCGUCCUGAAUUUGGUGGAAGAUGCUCCUGUUGUUGUUGAGGAGAAAUUAGAUGUCAACCAAAAGCAGCAAGAGUCUUAUAUUUCAGCAAAACUAGAAGAUACUGAGCCUGAAGAUGAAACCCACGUUUUGCCUGAGGAGGUGAACCCUGAUGAGAUGUUAUCUGAAUCAUUGAAAGCAGGAAAGAAGUACAGAGAUGUAGCUGCUGCUGCUCUAGAGGCCUUCCAGUCAGCAGCUUAUGCAGCAGCAGCUGCAAGAGCUGCUGUUGAACUCUCAAGAUCCGAGUCUCAGGACACUGAUCAAGAUUAUCAGGGAACCAAAUAUGAGUUAGAGGACACAAAAAACUCGAAUAAUCCAUUGAUGUUUCAAAAAAUCCAUCCAACUGAUAACACCAGCUCCGAAUCAGAAGGUGAAUAUCAUCCCAAAGAAUUGGGAAGCGGCAAAAAUAAGCCUGGGGUAAUAGACAGGACGCCAUCCACUUCAAGUUCAGAUUCUGACAGGAACAUUCCAUCACUAAAGCACCAGGAUUUGGAUUCUGAUACAAUGGCUAGUUUUCCCACAGAUGACAUCCAAAAUAUUGGACAGUACAAUGCAGAUAGAGAGGAAUAUAGCUCAGAUGAGGAUGGGAACAAGUCUACAUACAGAUCCACAAAGUGUGUCCUUCUGAAAACUCAAUCUGAUUCCACGGAAGGAAAAUCAAAAUUGAAAGGCACACAUAGGGAAAUUUUGGCAGAGCGAUUAAAUUCACAGCACGCAGGAUUAUCUAUGAGAACUAGGAGAGAGUACAGGGGGGCUGAAAAGUAAAUACAACUAUAAGUGCAAAACUAGAAACUUUAUUUAUUUUUCUUGGUUUCUGAGGUUCAAUAUCAGCGCAUUUUCUUUCUUUCUUUUCUUUUUUCUUUUUUCUUUUUUCCUUCUUCCUUCUCUAUAUUAUUUAUAAAAGUAAUCUGAUGACAUGUAAUUGAGUAAUGAAAUAAAGAUUAAUCUUGACAGGGUUAUCAUUAA